UGUUGUUUGACUUAUGUUUGUACUAUCUUGUCAUUUUACAUUCGUACAUGACAGAGUAAACUAAGGUCUAAAGAACUAUCAAUAACAACGUAAACGUGUGAUUAAUUUUAAAAUGGCAUCAAUCAAUAAAUACCUCUAUGAUGAGCUUAUACAAUUAGUGGUGUUUAUACGUAAUAAUAAGCCUGAAUUAACAGUGGCGUUUCCGGACGACCGUUUAAAAGUAUGGCAAUAUCUUUCAGAAGAAACCGUGUUAUUGUUAUUAAAACGUAUCAUUUUAUUUACGCCUGCCGGUAUAAUAAGUGACGCUUAUGAAAAUGGUUUGAUUUUUUCAAGUGUUAAAAUUAUGCAUACUGUGUGUGGUUGUUUAAGAAAUAGUAAAAGAAAGGGUGCUAAAAGGCUUUCUAAAUUGAUGACUGCUUAUGAACAGCAUUGUAAAGAAGACGUUUUAGCUACUCUUUCUAAUAAUGACAACAACACCAUAAAUAAUGAUGAUGACGAUGCAAAAACUGGUGAAUUGCCUACUGCUGCAUCGGGUACUGCUCCUUCUUCUUUCAACAUAGAGCCUGAACCCUCCACUUCUUACCAACAACGCGAAGAUGACGGUAAUUGGCUCGAGUGUUCGAAAAAUACCUUUUCAGUAAUACUACCCCACGAAAUAAAGGAUCAGGCUGGUUGGGUACACGUUGACCGUGGAAACCACAUAUCUGUCGAAUAUAUUCCGGAGAUAAUAGACAGCGAUAAUGAUGGUAAUGAUGACAAUGACACUCUUUCUGUUUUAUCAUGCGAUACAUGCAAUGCUGAAAAUGAAAAUGAAAUGGAAAAUGAGGAUAUUGACUCUCUUGCACAAUUAAUACCUGAAGAAGAUGAAUUUUAUAUGAAAAAUUGCGGUAUUGGUGAACAAACAAGCCAAGAAGAGCAAGAAUAUAGACUCCGCGUAAUAACUGAAGCCCGUAUGGAUGUCUCUUCUGAUUCUGAAACGGAGAAUAGUGAAACUCAAUCCUUAACAGGCGAUCAACGAGGUGGUAUUUUAACAAGAAGGGCACGUUUGAAAAUCCAAGCAGCUAAUCAACAAGCACUCUCACAACGUUCUGAAGAGAAUAAUUUUUGGAGUGUUGAGCCACCCGGGCAGCGUUUUAUUAUUGAAAAAGAACACUCUAAACAUUUUAAAAAAUUCGGCGCAAAAGGGGUGGAGAGCGUUAUUCGUAUCUUACAACCACCUACAAAUACCAAUAAAGUUCAAUGGCUUGAAGGUGGUUUGAGAGACAUUAUAACGCAUAUUACCUCGAAAUGUAGAGGUCAUGAUUAUGUGGGGUUUACAAUCAACAGCGAUAAAUUCACGUCAGGACCCGUAUGGUCUCGUUUUAAGCAAGCUAACGCAUAUACGCCUGAUGAUCUAGGCUUAUUACUAAGUAACGUAGCACAGAGUGCCGGUACUAUCACAACAGACGAUCAAUUAGUCAUUACAGUCUCUACUGUAGAUGGUAUUGAAGGCACAGGUCGAAAACUUUUAACGCAUCAAUAUAUUUACAAAAAAUCUAUAAUUCCUAUCAAUAAUAACGAUAAUUUAUGUUUACCGCGAUCAUUAGUAGUUGGUCGGGCCUACGUUGAAAGAGGUGAAAUACGUACAGGUACGUUACAUCGGAAAUGGAAAUCAAUCACCGAUAAUAGAUGUACCCUACAAAAAAAGGAAGCGUUGGCUUUGGUUCAUAAAGCGGGUGUUAAAAUUUCUAGUAAGGGUUGUGGUAUCGAACACGUGUUUACUUUUCAAAAAUAUUUUGAGCGGUUGGGUAUAGCUAUUGUAAUUUAUGAAUUUUUAACUCUAGGUAAAGGUGACAAACCUAUAUUUGACGGGCGCGAAACUGUUCAAUUAACUUUUGGCUGUAUACAACAUGUUAUAUAUAUAUUAUACUACGAAGAUUCACAACAUUUUCAACCAAUUGUAAAUUUAACAGGGGCUAUAGGUAGUAAAAUGUUUUGUAAUUUAUGUAAUAUAGGUUAUACAAGGGGUUCAGAACAUAGAUGUUCUAAAAGAUGCCCUCGUUGUAAACAAAUACCUGUUUGUAAUUAUGUAUGUAAACGCAUUUGUACAUUAUGCAAUAGGUGGUUUUCAAAUAACAAAUGUUUUGAAAACCACCUUGUUAAGGGUUCUAGUAAUUUACGAGGGAAACGUAAAGAUACCAGCGUCUGUGAAACAGUAAAAAUCUGUACUGUAUGCUGCCGUCUAACACGUUUGGGCAGUGCAAAUCCGCACGAAUGUAAUAUCGUAUUUUGUAGAGUAUGUAACAGUAAAAGACCUAUUAAUCACUAUUGUUAUAUGUCACCAUUAAUGGCAAAAAAGUUACCAAAAGUUGUAUUUUUAUUUUAUGAUUUUGAGACACAGCAGCAUACACGCGUUAAAGGCUCUCGUGAUACAUAUCUUCACAUUCCUAAUUUAUGUGUCGUACAAAAAACAUGUUCUUAUUGUUGUGAUGAUAAAAAUGUUUCAGAUAUUUGCAAUUUUUGUGGUCAGCGUGAAUUCCUUUUUGAUAAAAAUCCUGUUGAAGAACUUAUUAAGUUAUCAUUACAAACUUAUAACGGUUUUACAAAAGUAAUUUGUAUUGCACACAAUGCUGGUAGCUUCGACGGACAGUUUAUUUUACGGUGUAUGUUAGAACGUAACAAAGCUCGUUUACCUAAAUUAAUACUAAACGGUACUAAAAUUAUCGUGAUGACUCUGGGGAAUACUAUAUUUUUAGAUAGCUUAAAUUAUUUGCACAUGCCGUUACGUAACUUACCUAAAACUUUCGGAUUUGCUGGAGAAAUAGAAAAAGGGUUUUUUCCACACUUUUUUAAUACACCUGAAAAUGUAAAUUAUAUAGGCCCUAUGCCUGAUAUAAAAUAUUAUGCACCGGAUACAAUGCUCAACACCGAGCGUGAUUGUUUCGUGACAUGGUAUAAUGAAAAAAAACAAGCAAAUUAUAUUUUCAAUUUCCAACAAGAGUUCAAGUUUUAUUGCCAAACAGACGUUACGGUUUUACGCCGAGCUUGUAUGUCUUUUCGGGAAUUGUUUAUAAAAUGCGGUAAUGUUUGCCCGUUUGCUGAAUGCACCACAAUAGCAUCAACAGUUUCAAAAAUAUUUAGACGAAAUUUUCUUAAGCCUGAUACGAUAGCUAUUUUACCGCCUAAUGGUUGUUAUAGGUGGCGGUCAACACAAUCUAUUAAAGCUAUUUCAUGGCUGAUAUUAAAAGAAUACGAACUAGGUUGUCAAAUUAUCAAUGCCGCACGUUGCAAAGAAUAUCGUUUAGAAGGGGGUAUAGCUGUUGACGGUUAUUAUGUAGAUAGUAAAACUAACGAGCGCAUCGUCUUACAGUUUCAUGGAUGUUUUUGGCAUGGAUGUUUAUCGUGUUAUCGGGUGAACCGUGAUAAAGAAUUAGGUAAAGGCGAUACUAUGGAUGAGCGAUACGAGAAUACUUUAGCAACUUCCGAAAAAAUCCGACGUUUAGGUUAUAAAUUAAUAGAAAUAUGGGAGUGUGAAUAUGAUAAACUUUUGUUGAGAGAUCCAGAAAAAGCUAGCUUUUUACGAUCACACCCUUUGCUUGAUAAACACCCUUUGAAUCCGCGCGAUGCUUUUUUCGGGGGUCGCACUGAAAAUUUUAUACAGUUAUACGAUGCCGAAGAAGGAGAAAAAAUAAAAUAUGUUGAUGUUUGCUCACUUUAUCCGUAUAUUUGUAAGACAGGUAAAUUUCCUAUAGGUCACCCUAAAAUUUUUACGGGUGAUGAAUGCUUGCAACUUAUUAAAGAGAAUAAGGAUCUAUCUGAUAUCGAGGGUCUUGUAAAAUGCACAAUUUUGGCUCCACGCGACCUUUAUCAUCCCGUAUUACCAUGUAAACUUCAUAAUAGGCUUAUCUUUGCUUUGUGUUAUACAUGCGCUUUAUCUUUAAAUCAACAUGAUUGUGAUCACGAUGAGGAUAGCCUUAGAGCGUUUACAGGCACAUGGGUAGUUGAUGAAAUACGUAAAGCAAUAAGUAAAGGAUAUAUUAUCAUUAAAGUACAUGAGAUAUGGCAGUAUGAAAUAGCACAACAUAAUCCGGAAAAUGGGUCAGAGGGUUUAUUUACUGAUGAUAUAAAUAUGUUUUUGAAAAUUAAAACAGAAUCAAGCGGGUACCCUAAAGAUUGUAUUACUGAGCAAGAAAAAGAUGCUUAUAUUGCUGAAUAUGAAAAAGCUGAAGGUGUAAAACUAGACAAAGAAAAAAUUACGAAAAAUGAGGGCUUACGAGCUGUAGCUAAAUUGAGUUUGAAUUCAUUAUGGGGAAAAUUUGGACAACGGGAAAAUUUACCACAAACUGAAAUUAUCACUACUAGAGCUCGAUUAAUGGAGAUGUUAACAGAUAGUCAGAUUGAAAUCACGGGGUUUCUACCGGUAAAUGAUAAAACAAUAUAUCUAAAUUAUAUAAAUUGCGCGGAUAGUGUAACAGCUUCACCUACAACGAAUGUUGUUAUAGCUGCGUAUACAACAGCCCAAGCUCGCCUAAAGUUAUAUAGUUAUUUAGAAAACUUGGGUGAACGUGUAUUAUAUUGCGAUACAGAUUCUUGUAUUUACAUUUCUAAAGAUAAUCAAUACGAACCCCCAACAGGUAAAUUCUUAGGCGAUUUAACCGAUGAGCUAGAAUCUUAUGGACCUGGUAGUUAUAUAUCAUCAUUCGUAACAGGCGGUCCUAAAUUUUAUGCAUACGUCGUCCGUAAAACAGAUGACAGUACUAGCGAGGUGUGCAAAGUUAAAGGGAUAACGCUAAAUUUUGAAAACAGUCAAAAAAUCAAUUAUAAUACAAUCAGGUCUUUUAUAUUAGGUGAUAAUACUGAACCUAUUAUAGUUAAGUUUGACGCUAUAAGACGUACGCUUUUUCAUGAUGUAGUAACGCGUAAAGAAUCAAAGACAACAAAGCUACAAUAUAAAAAGCGUAGGCUUACUAAUGAACAUCGAUCUUUACCAUUUGGUUAUUUAACGUUAUAAGCAAUAUGAUAAAAUAAUUAUAAAUAUAUAUAGUCUGCUUGAAAUUUGAUAUAUUAUUUCUAUAUUAAGUAUUAUGUAUGUAUAUGUAUAUGAAAAUGUAUUAGUUUUGUAUAUUUUAUAAAUAAACGUAUAUAAAAAUGUGUUGAAGUUUUUGUAUACUUUAUGAAUAAAUAAAUGUGUGGCAU